UGAUUCAUAUUGAUUUAUGGCAUUAGAAUUAUAUAAGUAAUGAUCAAUGAAUUAGAAGUGGUUUUUGGAACUUUUAAAUUGUAUGUAACAAUAUUUUAUAUUGAGUACCGGUACCAAGUUCGAGUUCUUCAAAACCGGGUUGAAAAACCUAAUAUUUUAUAUUGAGUACUGAUACCUAAUAUUGAGUUCCUCAGAACCCGAGAGCAAUAAUUCUGCGAGUUGUAUUGUAUACCGGUACCAGGAUUUAGUACCGGUAUUGCAUCGGUCGAGUACCGGUACUGCAUUGGCCAAGUACCGGUAUUCAGCAUUAAGAAGUUUCUGUUGCGUCAUAGCGUACCGGUACCCACUUCCGAGUAUCGAUACUCAAUGUAUAAAUUUUCUAAUGACUCUAAUUGAUUGUAAAGUCUAUAAAUACGAAGGUAAGGGUUUUCUCUGACGAAGAAGCACUCAGAAUACAUAAGAGAGUAACCCUAGAGGCUAUGUUUUUCGUUCUAAACCAUUUUCCACCAAAUAGCCUCUUUAGGUCAAUUCGAGAUAUUGGAAUUCAAUAUAUGUAUGUCGAAUUGAUCUAAGUUUUGCUUAGAGAUUUUUCUCUCGUUCUUCAACGACACUCUAAGCAAAGGAUCACCAUAGAAAUAUGAAUUUACUCUUCAUGUGCGGUGUCGUGGAUUCGGCGUGAUCAAGGCGACUCGUGGAUUCGGACCGUGAGUGCUCGAGGAUUCGAGUGGUGUCCGUAGAUUCGGACGUGAGGCGUGACGUCCGUGGAUUCGGACGUGGGGCAUGGACAACCAAGUGACGUGCGCGAGAUCCGUAGGAGGUAAAAGAGAGGUCGAGUCUGUGGAGUCGGUAAUCACCUUGUAAUCUUUUUCUUUAAGUAGAUUGUUUUUCGCGUGUUGGUCCUGUGAGUUUUUCUCCAAAUUGGAACUUUCCCACGUAAAUCUUGGUAUGCUAUUUUAUUUUCCGCAUUUACUUUUAUCGUAUUGAGAUUUGUGUUUUUGGCUUAUUCACCUAUUCACCCCUUUCUAGGUGUUUGAGAGUAUAUAGAUAGAUCCUAGGGUUCCCAUAACCUACAAGUGGUAUCAGAGCGAGAUUUAGAUUUAUCUUUCAUUAUAGGUGAAGGCGGUAACAUUAAUAGGUCCUCGUUAUUUGAUGGGACUAAUUACGCCUAUUGGAAGAUUCGCAUGAGUGCCUUUCUAAUAGCCGUUGACGAUCGGGUUUGGCAAUCCAUUGAAUUUGGAUGGAAACAUCCUACUGAAAAAGUUGAGAAUAUUGAAAAGCCAAAACCUCAUGAUAAAUGAAGUAAGGAAGAGAAAGAUUUAUCGUCUUACAACGGUAGGGGAAUUAAUGCUUUAUUUAACGCUUUGUCUCAAACCGAGUUUUCACGCGUCUCGGCCUGUGAAACGGCAAAGGAAAUUUGCGAUACUCUUCAAGUUACGCAUGAAGGAACUAGCUUGGUAAAGGGUCAAAAAUUACAAAUGUUAAUAAGUAAAUUUGUUUCAAUUUGUAUGGAGGAAUAUGAGAUUUUACCGAGUACUAUACUCGACUUCAAGACAUAGUUAAUACAUGCGCGAACUUGGGAGAGAAAAUUUCAGAACCUAAAGUUGUAAGAAAAAUCUUGAGAACGCUUCCCGAGAGAUUUCGUCUGAAGGUUGCGGCAAUUGAAACCAUUAAACAUUCGGAUGAAAUGAAAAUUGAGGAAUUAGUAAGUGCUUUAAAAACAUAUGAAAUGACUUUUCCUACUAAUCAAUCUUCUGUCAAGUCUUCUUCUAAAAGUACAGGGGUUGCACUCAAAUCUACAAAGGAGGAAGACGAUGACUCGGAUUCCGACGGAGACAUUUCGCUUGCCGACUUUGAACAUCAACUGGCGCUCCUAACGAAGAAAUUUCGUCGGAACUUCCGGAAGAACAAAGCCAACAAAGCCUCAUCCUCAAAACAUAAAUCUUUUCUAAAAUAUCUUCAAGCUCAAACUCAAAAGACAAAAAACUUUAAAAGCUUUUUAAAGAAAAAGAUGAUUUCGAAGGAAAAAUCCAAUGUUACAAAUGUAAAGGCUAUGGUCAUGUUUUUACGGAUUGUCCUAAUAAGAAAUUGUACAAAAAGAAGGCUUUGCAAGCUAAAACAUGGGAUGAUUUUACUUCUAGUGAAUCGAUCUCAAGUGACGAAGAAAGGAAUGACGCUAUUGCUUUAUUUACAAAUACAUCUUUACCUUCAUUUUUGUUGUUUGUUUAUCUUUUAUUGUACCUGACUCCGCUUCAUUGGUUUUGCAUGAAACAUUGAGCGAUGGUAAUGGAAGCAUCGAGGAGUCAGACGAGGAAGAUCUCGCAGAGGCAUAUCAACAACUUUUCAAAGAAUCAAAGAAACUGGCUAAGCACAACAAAAAGUUGAGGAAACGACUUUUGGAGCUUGAGGAUGACAAUAAGACUUUGAGUACUUCAAAUAAAGCUCUUGAGGAGGAAAGGGAACACAUAUUAAAGAACAAUAAGGUCCUCCAAAAGAAGCUAGAUCAAUCGGAAAUAACGAUCAAAUCACAUCAAGACAAGGUUGGUUUUCUAGAACAACAACAUGAAGAAAUUAUUUCAUCCAAUCAAAUCUUGACCAAACAAGUUCAUCAACUCAAAUCCGACAUUCAAGAGUUUUCCUCCGGAUCGAAAAAGCUAGAUCAUAUGCUCGGAUUGGGUCAAACGGACAAACUUGGGCUUGGAUUUGAGCAGAUAUAUGUUGAGAUGUUUCAAAAUUAAACACUCAAAGUCUCAACAAAUUUGAAGGAGAAAGUUUGUCAUAGAUGUGGAAAUAAAGGUCAAACGGACAAACUUGGGCUUGGAUUUGAGCAGAUAUAUGUUGAGAUGGUUCAAAAUUCAACACUCAAAGUCUCAACAAAUUUGAAGGAGAAAGUUUGUCAUAGAUGUGGAAAUAAAGGUCAUAUUAAGAAGACAUGCCCUAAAAAGGAUAAGAAGACUUCAUCGGCAUCUUCUAAACAUCUAUCGGCAUUUUCCAAUACUCGACAACUCCCACGGAUUCAAAAGCAUCAUCAAUCAAGUCGAGCAACCAAGAUUGAACCAAAGUCUAAGUUUCAACAAAAAGCUCAAACAAAGCCGAAUGCAACAUGGAGACCGACGGUUGAUCGGAAGUCAAAACAAGCGGCACCUAAUGUUAACAAAUCAAGACAUCCAACAAUCCGACAAGUUUGGGUUCGGAAAGGAGAAUGGCUUUCUCGCUCUUUCUUGCUCUUGUGGUGCUCAUGGCCACUGGAGGAGGUCGUGGUCGUGGUCGUGGUCGUGGAUGCGGACGUCGAGAAUAUACUAAAAGGACACGUAUUGAGGAAGACACGUCGGGAUCGUAUUUUGACUAUUACGAAAGUUCAUUUGAGGGAGAAGCUGAAAUUGAGGAACGAACGACAAAAGGAAAAGGAAAAAUACUUGAGACCUCAAGAAGGAAGAGAGGUGCAAGCUCUUCUCCUCGACAAAGCACAGGCGGUCCAGUCAUUAGAGAACAAGGAUCAAGUGAACGUGAACGACGAUCUAAGCAUGCUGCGGAAGCACAAUCGGUUGAUGCACAACGACAAAAGGCUUUUGCAAGUCGAACUUGCUUAGCGGAGCGCUUUGUGAAUUUCAAUGAACUCAUAAGGGAGGUUUCGGAUUUUGGACACUUACUACAAAGAGCUGUUAUUGAACCAGUUGGGAUGAUCCAAGCACGUGCAGCUUUUUGCGUGGAACUUAUUCGAGAAUUUUAUAUGCGCGGGAAAGUACUUGCUGAGGAUCAGGAGACAGGGACAUAUCUUUUUGAGACGUAUGUUCGUGGAAAGAAGAUACUUGUCAGUCCUCACACUCUUGGUGACAUGUAUGGAUUAAAUGUGGAUACCUCAGGACUACAAUAUACACAUGGAAUGAUUCAACAGUCAUCCCACUGGAACACAGUGAUAAAUGCAAUUUGCAAGUCGGGAACGUGGACGAAUCGUUUAUAUGUGGAAUCCAAGGACUUAAAGCCUGAAUAUCAUAUCCUCUCUUUGGUGAUUUGUUACAAUGUGCUGCCUACGAUUGGGACGAAGAGGAUUCGUUGGGAUCGUCUCGUUCUUCUAUAUCUGCUUGGCCACCCGGAGCGUGCUGAAGGAUUGAACGUCAACAUCCCUUUCUUGAUGUGGCAAAAGAUGACACAUGUGAUUCAGUCUUCGGGACAACGUGAGCUACUCCCAUUUCCUAUUUUGAUCACAAGGAUUUUGGAAAGUAAUGAGGUAGACACGACAUGCAACAAAUAUGACUAUGGCUUAGGUCCGAUUGAUGGAGUCACAUUGGCCAAGUCAAUUAGCACCUUGAAAACCUUUCAGCAAACGAAAGCCUACACGACUGCUACUUCUAGUUUAGCCGCUCGGCCAGCAGAGCGUGAGGGAUCGUCCAGCUCAGGGGGAGUGAUUACUAUGGAAUCGCUACACCAUGAGGUUCGGACUAUCAAGAAGCGGGUUGAACAAGGCUUUAAGAAAAUGGAGGAAAUGUUCAAGAAAGUGGAGGAUGACGUCAAGAAAAUAUUGGAGAUGCUUGGUUGUCGCCAUGAUAAUAUUGCUGCAGUCACACCCGAUUGAGCCAUCUACUACAGGAGCACAUGGAGAUGUUAAAUAAGGAGAAGAUGAUGGCGAUGAUGGAGACAAUGAGUGAUAUUUUAGCUCUCUUAUGUACUGUAGUUUAUUUCUCGUGUCUUUGCUUGUAGGACGUAACAACUUAUUGUUCUGUUUUGGUCGUGUAAUUAUGGACUAACUGCUACUCUUUUCAUAGUAUGUGUUCUCUUUAUGUUUUAUUUUUUGCAAUUUUUGACAAAAAGGCGGAAAACAUAGGUAGAUAAGAGUUGAACAAAGGGAGAGAGAUUUGCACUUCGAGGACACUGUUGACGAUGAAGGAGGAGAUGUCUGGAGAUGUUUGGCAAAGAACCAGAACCGAAGGGGAAAGAGAUAUGAAAUUACUUUGAUUUGAACUUCGUUUUUGGAGAAUUUGUUUUGCAGGGAACACGACUUCAACACUCCUAGUUGUGUCUAAGUCAUAGAGCCUAUCUUAGGAGUUCGUUUGUAAUUUUGUUUUGGAUCUUACAUGCGAGGGGUUUGAUGGUUUGGUAAUGACAUUGAACUUCAUUUUUCA